GAAGAAACGAUUUUUUGCCCUGUUGGUUUAUGCUAGGUGGCCAAUGCCCUUCCCCUCUAGAUGCUCCAAAUCUUCGAAUUGGCUUCCAUUUCCUCACAGGGCUCUCAGGUAUGUAAGUUGAGACCAGAAUUCUGAUAUAUGUAAGGUAAGUCCCCAAUUGUUGAAGAUUUUCGGUGACGGUCUCAUUUGAGACAACAUUGAGACAAGACACACUGGGACCCAAACUUCAUCAACUCGAAGCAGCGAGACGGUUCCAUGCUAUCUCAAUGGCUUGCGCACUUCCAAUGUUGCUGUGUCUUCUCCUUUCUGCAAGCCAAUGCAAGUCAUCCCCAUAUUUCACCCAACUUGGAGCAAUUUGUGUCGUUUUCGUCAGAAGGGGAAUUUGUUGAUUCAAUAUCCUGCAUGGAUCAAACAAAACUGCAGGCAAACCGGGGAACCGAUGGAUCCGGAGCACCUUGUGGGCCCGAGCCUCUAGUCGAGCUCCGAUGAACCCUGGCUUCUUGCAGGACGCAGAGUAGGCCUGUUCAGCAGUGAACUGAAAUUUGGACCCUGUUUGUAUCAAAACUGUUGGUGUCGCUUUUGGUUGCGUCGUGAUUGUCGAUCAACCUUCU